CAUUUCCAGAUCCGAUCUUAUUUUUGCACCGACACGCGAAGUUUCUAGUCCUUCAAGUCAAAGCCUUUUUCAUUUCCUUGGUUAAUGUUUCCCGGAAACUCAACCGUUCCCGGAAUUCCCUAAGAGAAAGUAAAGUGUCCUCUGUUUGUUAGUUUGGGAUCAUUCGGAUUCUCUGGGUUAAUUGGAAAGGAAGUUCGACAUGUUCCGAGUUUCGCCUAGUAGGAACCAAAGAUCGAAAGGGUUGAAGGUAAAGCAUGCUCUUCAAAUAUGUGUUCUUGUAGGUAUCUGCAUCUGGUUGCUUUACCAAGUUAAGCACUCUGGUGAGAAGAAAGCAGCGUACGAGACAUCGGGGAAUGAAGUCGUUAAGUUGGGGAGAAAGGACUUUCCUCGAUCGGAAGGAAUAACCGUUAAGGAUGCACGGCUCAAGGACGAAGAGGAGGAAGAAAGCAAGAACGGAGAAGAAGAUAACAAGCCUGAGGUAACUGAAGAUGAAGGGAAAGAGAAUGGGGAUGUCGAUGCAGUGAACGAAGGUGAUAACCAGAAAUCUGAGGAGGAAACUGAGCGCCGAGAAGAUCCAUUAGAGGGAGGGAAGGAAGAGGAGAGUGAAGAGAGCAAAGAAAAUGGAAAAUAGUGGGAGCGAAGAGGACACCGAAAACAAAGGGAAUGAGGAGGCACAUGAAGAGAAAGAGACGGAAAAGAGUGAAGGUGAGAUAGAGAGUUCAGGUGCCUCGGAUGACCGGGUUUUGGAUGGAGUUGACCAGAACAAUGAAGAAGCAAGAGAAGAACUUUACAAAGCGGAUGAUGCUUCCAGCGAAGUAGUCCAUGAUGUCCAAAAUGUUGCAGUUGAGAAUGAGACAAGUGGUUUGGAAAAUUCCGAUGUGUCAGAGCAAUUGGAAAACAAAGAUAAGAAAGAUCAGGACGAAACAAAUAGCAGUGAAGCAGACGAUGUUCAUCAUGAUGAGUCAAAUGUGCAAGAAAAUGAAACAACUGAGAACCAACAAGAAAGCAGUAAUGGGAGUAAUGAGGCUGAGUCAAAAAGGGAUUCAGAAACUGAUACAGCUACAGAAUCAAACGAGAAUCAAACAGGUGGGGAGCAAUCUGAGAAAUCGGAUUCAAGUGGCAGUGGGGAGCAAUCAGACUCAAAUGCAACUCCAACUUCAACUGAGAAUGGGGAUGGGGAUGGAACAAAUGGAGAUUCCACAAGCUCUGCAAGAAACACUGAAUCUAUUGAAUCAAAUGGACAGACUGAAAACACCAAUGCAUGGACCGGAUCAGACAGCAAUCCAAAUGAUGUUCAGAGUGAAGAAUCAAACAAGAAUUCUGGAGGAGAGGGGACACAAGAAAAUGUUCUGUCGCUAAACACGAAUGAGAAUUCAAAUGCUAGUGAGAACAAAGAUGGCGAAACAUCCUCGAACACUGAUGAUAAAGCUGGUUCAGGUCAGAAUGGGAACGAUAGUGGCAAUACGAACAAUGAUGGGAAUGCAAAUGGGAAUGGCAGCAGCACCGACAAUCAGAGCAAUGCAACAGACAGUGCAGCUUCAGAUGUUACUCAAAAGGACAACAAUUUGAAUGAAAAUGAACAUGCUGCUCAUAGCAACACCGAAAACAAUGAAAAUGCAAGUCAGAAUGAGAACAAUGCCACUCAGAGCAACACAGACAAUAAUGAAAAUGCAACUGCAGAUGUCACUCAAAAUGACAACAAUUUGAAUGAAAACACUGCUCAGAGCAACACCGAAAGCAAUGACAAUGCAGGUCAGGAUGAGAACAAGGCCACUCAAAGCAACACCGAAAGCAAUGAAAUUGCAGGUCAGGACGAGAACAAGGCCGCUCAGAGCAACAGCGACAGCAAUAACAAUCCAGGUCAGAACGAGAACAAGGUCACUCAAAGCAACAGCGACAGCAAUAAUAAUCCAGGUCAGAACGAGAACAAGGUCACUCAAAGCAACACUGACAACAAUGAAAAUGCAGGUCGGGUCGAGAACAAUGCUGCUCAGAGUGGUACCAACAACGAAAAUGCAAGUCAGAAUGAGAAUAAUGCUUCUCAGAGCUACGACGCCAAUAACAACAACAAUGAAAAUGCAAGUCAAAAUGAGAACAACGAUGCCGUUUCGAGCCAUACCAACAGCAAUGAAAACUCAAAUCAUAAUGAGAACAACAAUGGCAUUCAGAGUUUCAAUGACAGCAAUGGAAAUUCUAAUUACGAUGCAAAUUCAGAGCAAAACAAAUCAGUGGAUUCUUCUAAUCCCGAUAAUUCUUCCGAUGCUUCAACGACUCGAGAAGUGAAAGAAGCUCAAACAGGUUUGGGAACUCUGCCAAAUAUCACGAACGAGGGAAAUAACAGUGGGAAUGCAGCUGUAGAAUGAAGUCGUAAUGGUUUGUCAUUCACUAUAUGACUAUUUACUGUCACUAAAUCUUUCUUUUCUUCUUCCUGUGGUGGGAUCAGGACAUUGUAUGUGUCUUAGCUACUUGUGGUUUAUUGUGAUAUUAUUUCUGAAGAGUAUUAUUUUUUACUUGUAGAUUUCUAGUUAUAAUAAUCGAAGUUCCAAGUUUUCAUAAGCCA